AUGAUGUAUUGGUGUGAUAUUGAUUCUAUUAUACCUACAACAGAAUAUAAAUUACCAUUACCAUCAUUAGUAGAUGAAAUUAAACUUGAUUGUUAUUUAUUUAUUACAUAUCACGAUUUAUUUACAAAACGAUUAGCUGAUUUACAACAAGACCUGAACAAGAUAAAGUUAUAUCUACGUUUUAAAGAUAAUUUUUCAACAUAUCAUUCGUUUUUAUACAGCAAACGUUUUUCUUGUGCAAGUUACUUAGUGUCUUAUACUGAUAACAAUGAAGAAAUCGAGUACGCCAAAAUUAUUGUUUUUUAUUUGUAUGAAAAUGUUUGGUAUUCAUUUAUACAACAGUAUAAACGUGCUGCUGUCAAAUUAUCUGAUUAUCUCGAUAUUCCAGAUCAGUUGAAAAAAACUGUGGAUCUAUUUUAUCCUAUUUGCAUUCUCAGUGAUGAUUUUGUUGCUCUUCCUGUUAGUAAAAUAAUUUCUAAGUGUAUAUCAGUUCAAUUUCAAAAUUAUGAGUGUAUCAGUGAACGACGCGUGAAUUAUGAACAUGAUUAA